UAGCUACAAUAGCCGGUCAGUGUUUGCCAUGUUUCGCUCAAUCUAAGGGUGUGUGAUGAGUGUGCCCGUAAAAGAUACUUAAAUGUCACUCGUGCAAUAUCCUAUAUUAGGAUAUAAAUAUUCUAAUUCAGCAAGCCUAAGGAUGUCGGAAGUGGAGCUUGUGAAAAAGAUGCUGCGGGCCGUUCUGCAGUCCAACAAGAAUGGGGUGUCACUGGCCCAGCUGCAGGCAGACUUCAAGGACCUGACCGGAGACUUCAUCCCCUGCAAACAAAUGGGCUUCACUUCCCUGGACGCCUUCCUCCAGAGCCUGCCCUCUGUGGUCAGGAUGGAGCGCACAGCAAGGGGAGAGGUUAUCUGCUUUGCCACAGUUUGCAAGGAGACGGAGCACAUCGCCCAGCUCGUGGCUCGUCAGCGCUCGUCCAAGAAGACUGGCCGUCCCCAGCUGGUCAACUGCCAAAUGAGGGUUAAGCCACCCACUCCUUCCAUGCUGAAUGCUAAGCCCAGGACGUCACUGAGGCAGCCGGAACACACAGGCCGUUCCAGCCGAGGCGGGGCACAGAUGCCCAUUGGGGGGCGCUCCGGAGGAGUGGGAGACCACCGGCAGGCCAGCGGGAGAGACAGCCAGCCUAACGGGAGGGUAGCCACACCCCCCCAGAACAGAGCCCCUGCCACACAGACGAGGAAACCCCCUGCGCCCACCGACAGGUCAGAGAAGAGGAUGGCUUGCCUCAGUCAGAAGGAGUGCAGACUCCCCUCUCAGGACCCGCAGCAGAAGAGUGCUUCCGCGAACCUGAACGAGAGUGCCCCGCCCGCCAAGGCCAGAGGCGCGCAGCCCAGCAGCGGGUACAGCCCACAGGUGGUCCAGACCCGCAUCAGAGAGGUUCUCAACAAGCACAGCAAUGGAUUGUGGGUGUCCAAGCUGCCCCAGCUGUACCGGGAGCUGUAUAAAGAGGAGUUUCCCCAGGAAGCUCUGAGAGACCUGGAGCACUGGUCCCACAUCGGCACAGUAGAGAAGCCGUGCAGCAGUAACCCCUCAGAGCUCCUGCUGUACCCCUCUAAAGACCCGCCCCGCCCUUCCUCCGCCCCUGGCCGGAAGUCCCGCACCCCAACCCCGCCCCUGCCGGCCUCCUGCUCCUCCUCCUCCGCUUCCUCCUCCCCUUCCUCCUCCUCCCCCUCCUCUCCCUGCCCGUCGCCCAGCCCUCAGCCCCCCCAGCCUCUGCCCCCCGACCUCAAGGCCAAACUGGGGGAGCUCCUGCAGAAGCACAGCAACGGGGUGUGGGCCCACGCCCUGCCGAAACUCUUCCUGGACACCUACAAGCGCAAGCUCCCCGAGCACGCCCUGCGGGACCUGAGCCUGCUGGCCGACGUCUGCACCGUGGACCACCCCAUGCCCGGCAACCCCAAAAAGGCCAUCCUGUACGCGCGUGCCGCCGGGGGGGAGCCGGCCCGCAAGCGGGCGGAUCCAGAGGCGGGGCGUCGGCCCGCCGCCCAGUCCGUGCCUCCCCUGCAAAUCCCUGAGGCGGAGUACCCCUCCGUGCUGGUGUUGGAGGCCUCAAGCACCAGCAGCGUCGUACUCAGGUACAUAGGAGAGGGGUACUCGCAGGCCCAGGAGGCUCUGGAAGACCAGAUGUGGGAGUUUUACGGCCCGGGCGGCGCCCCCAAGGCCCUGCCCUCCCCGGCCCCCGGCCAGCUGGCCGCCGUCAAGAACGAGGAAGAGGAGGAGGUUCUCCGGGCCCGAGUGUGCGAAGUCGCGGCUGAUAAGGUCAAGGUUUACUAUGUGGAUCACGGCUUUUCUGAGCUGGUCAGCAAAGAAAAGCUUCUGGAACUGCACGAGACGUUCUGCAGGCUGCCCUUCCAGGCCGCCAAGUGCAGACUAGCUGGUCUGGAGCCUUUCUGCAGCGAGCCAGCGGUGCUGAAGAGGCUCGAGUCCCUGGCCUGUGAGAAGAUCCUAUUGGCUGAGAUCCUGGAGCGGGACCAGACUCCCCUGGUGGUGCUGUAUGACACGUCACAGGAUGAUGAUGUCAACAUCAACGCCGCCUGCAUGAAGGCCCUGCAGGACCGGUCUCUGGACAGUCCCCUGCAGGUUAACAGUGCCUACACCGGCGUCUGUGUGACCAACGUCUGCUCGGACGGGACCAUCUACUGCCAGCUGCCAUCGCGAGGCCAGGCCAAGCUUAACGAGAUACUGAAGAAGAUCGAUGCCUACUUCCACUCACAGGUUACCUCAGAGUUCCUGGUCUCCAAGCCCUUCUGUGGGAAAUGCUGUCUGGCCCGGUGCAAGGGCAAAUGGGCUCGUGUGGAAAUCACUAACCUGCAUGGUAGCCGUGUGCUGGACAUCCAGUUCCUGGACCUGGGCAUCCCCGCCUCCGUAGAGGUCAUUGAGCUGAGGGAGGUCCCGCCCCCUUUCCUGCGUGACCUUAUGUCCAUCCCAACCCAGGCGGUGAAGUGCUGUCUGGCGGACGUUCCCGUGGACGUGGGCUCCUGGACGGCGGACGCGGUGCAGCGGCUGAGAGACGCGGUGCUCGGCUGCGCCGAGUGCAGCAUGAAGGCCACCAAGCUGGACGAGGCCAAACGGCUGGCCCAUAUCUACCUGUUCACUUCCAAGAGCUUCCACGACGCGGACCACAGCGUCAACCACCAGCUGGCCGACUCAGACCUGUGGAAGCACCAGAAGGACGUGUUCCUUAGCAACCGGAGUCCUGCCAAGACCAAGGUCGACCCCAACUCCAACACCAAACCCAACCUCAACUCCAAGACCACCUCCAAGACCAAACCCAACCACAACUCCACCACCAAGACCAAUGACAACUCCACCACCAAGCCCAACCACAACACCAACUCUGACACUAACGCCAACACCAACUCCAAUGCCCUUUCCGACCCCAACCACAACACGACCUCCAGCACCAGCACCAAAAGGCCAUCUCUCAAAAAGCCCUUUUCCCCUCCCCCGGAAAUCGGGGACGCCCCGCCCCAGAGCCCCACCGCCUCUCUCCUGCUGCCCCCUCCUCUGGCGCUGCCCCCUCCUGGUCAGAACAUGGACGUGUACGUGUCUGUGGCCUGCCACCCGGGCCACUUCGUCCUGCAGCCCUGGCAGGACCUGUACAAGCUGGCGGUGCUCAUGGGGGAGAUGAUCCUCUACUACAACAAGAUGGACGAGCAGCCCGCCCACGUGGAGAAGAACCAGAUCUACGCCGCCAAGGUGGAGAACGACUGGCACCGGGUGUUGGUUAAGUGUGUGCUGAAUAACGGGCUAGUGUCCGUGUACGAGCUGGACUACGGGAAGCACGAGCUGGUCAGCGUUACCCUGCUGCGGCCCCUCGUCCAGGAGUUCCGGCAGUUUCCAUUCCAGGGCAUCACCGCACAGCUCGCUGGGUUGAAGCCCAGGCAGUGGUCAGAGGAGGCUUCUAUUGUUUUCCGGAACCAUGUGGAAAAGAAGCCACUGGUUGCCCAAGUGGAGUCGGUGCAGGAGGGUCCACAGGCCUGGGAUAGGAAAGUGGCGGUGUACCUGGUGGACACCUCACGGGAAGAGACGGACAUCUGGGUGCACGACAUCAUGUCCGAGUUCACCGAGGAGCUGACCAAAGCAGCUUAGCAAAACCGUUUUCCUCCCAACAACUAAAAAAAAAAAACGGUGGUUUGCGGGUGUCUUGGUGGCACCGCCCACCAGUGUUGACGUAUUAACAUAAUAAUGACCCUCACAAUCUAAUCUUCGAGGAUUGCUGUGUAGGAGGCUUCGGGCGUUUAACGACCAAUAUGCUGCUCCACCAAAUGGUGUCAUAAUAGGCACGCGGUCGGUGCUCACACAAAAAGGUCGACUCGACUUAAAAAGCUGUCCGGAAAAAACAACGGCAGCCGCACUGAACGUAGUUUACAGAUGUUUUGCUUGUUUUAAUUUAAGGAUUUACAAGUAUAUAUAAAACUAGCUAAACAUUUUUAUUUGCUUAAUACAAUGAAGCCAUUCGCCUUUCCAAAUGAUUAAUGUUUGGUUUUCAUUUAUUUUUGUUAGUGUCCUAAAACUCGACUUUUACAGAAUCACCACCACCUGGAUAUAUUUAAAAUUCAUUUUGAGAAAUAUAUGCAUAGUUUGUUUAAUGAUGGCGUUUUUACCUCCGAUUAGUUUCUUAGCAGUGGUGAGACAAAACAACUGCGUUGUAUUUAAAGGUUUUACUCUCGAUCUGAAUUUAAUGUGUACAAAUUUGGCUGAAUCAGAUGUUUUAUUAAAAUGUAUGGUUUACUGCGGGCCUACUGCAUACACUAUAUAUAAAAUUCUAUAGAAAUAAAGUUGGCAACAAAUGUCUUGUGCGUUUUAUUGAUA